AAUAAUUUCGGACGCCAUUUUGUGCGUCGCGUUUUCUUCUGAAAAUCAGCGGAAUUUUCACGUGAAAUUCAAAUAAUUUGUCUUCUAGGUGUUUAGUAUAAGAUGUCCAAACGUCGGAUUGAAGUGAUGGACCCUUUUAUCAAGAAAAAAAGAGAGGAGAAGGCAGCUGCCGCAGCCAAGUCGGGGGGCAGCGGGGAGUCGUCAGAGCCCGCGGCCAGCCUUGGGAGCAGCAUGCCGCCUACUACUACCAGCACGCCUGGGAUUAACCAUUUUACAGGUCUUCCACACUCCCAGCGCUACCACGAGCUUCUCCGACGCCGGCUCGGACUCCCAGUCUGGGAAUACAAGAACGACUUCAUGAGACUCCUCAACACGCACCAAUGCGUGGUCCUCGUCGGCGAGACGGGCUCCGGCAAGACCACUCAAAUACCGCAGUGGUCGGUGGAGUUUGCGACGGUGACCGCUGGCAAGUCGAAGGGCGUGGCGUGUACGCAGCCACGACGAGUGGCAGCUAUGUCGGUGGCUCAGAGAGUGGCUGAGGAGAUGGAUGUGGCUCUAGGUCAGCAAGUCGGUUACAGCAUUCGUUUCGAAGACUGCUCUGGACCACAGACAGUCCUCAAAUAUAUGACAGACGGUAUGUUGCUCCGAGAAGCCAUGUCAGACCCCAUGCUAGAACAAUACCGAGUGAUACUCCUCGAUGAGGCCCACGAAAGGACCCUAGCCACUGAUAUUCUCAUGGGGGUCUUGAAAGAAGUGAUAAAACAGCGAACAGACUUGAAACUGGUCAUUAUGUCUGCCACAUUAGACGCUGGGAAGUUUCAACAGUACUUUGACAAUGCACCACUUAUGAACGUGCCUGGGAGAACGCAUCCGGUAGAGAUAUUUUACACACCGCAGCCAGAGAGAGAUUAUUUGGAGGCAGCGAUCAGAACAGUCGUUCAGAUACACAUAUGCGAAGAGAUUGCGGGUGAUAUAUUGCUGUUUUUGACGGGACAGGAAGAGAUAGAAGAUGCGUGUAAAAGGAUCAAGAGGGAGAUAGACAAUUUGGGGCCAGAUGCUGGGGAGUUGAAGUGUAUACCGCUGUAUUCGACGCUGCCACCGAAUUUGCAACAGAGGAUAUUCGAGCCAGCGCCGCCCAACCGUAGCAACGGCGCCAUUGGUCGCAAAGUUGUGGUGUCCACCAACAUCGCCGAGACCUCGCUCACUAUCGACGGAGUGGUCUUCGUGAUAGACCCGGGAUUCGCUAAGCAGAAAGUAUACAACCCACGUAUCCGAGUGGAAUCCCUCCUCGUCUCUCCCAUCAGCAAGGCCUCCGCACAGCAAAGGGCGGGUCGCGCUGGCCGGACCCGUCCUGGGAAAUGCUUCCGACUGUACACAGAGAAGGCUUACAAGCACGAGAUGCAGGACAACACCUACCCGGAGAUAUUGAGAUCAAACUUAGGGUCUGUAGUUUUGCAGCUGAAGAAACUUGGCAUCGACGAUCUGGUGCACUUCGACUUCAUGGACCCGCCGGCGCCAGAGACACUCAUGCGAGCGCUGGAGCUGCUCAACUACUUAGCGGCCUUGGACGACGACGGCAACUUGACGGACUUGGGCGCGGUGAUGGCGGAGUUUCCGCUGGACCCUCAAUUGGCCAAGAUGCUCAUCGCGAGUUGCAACCACAACUGCUCCAACGAGAUCUUGUCCAUCACCGCCAUGCUGUCAGUGCCACAAUGCUUCGUGCGACCGAACGAAGCGCGCAAAGCGGCCGACGAGGCCAAAAUGCGGUUCGCUCACAUCGACGGCGACCACCUGACACUACUCAACGUGUAUCACGCCUUCAAACAGAAUAUGGAGGACCCACACUGGUGCUACGACAACUUCAUCAACUACCGCUCGCUGAAGUCCGGUGACAAUGUGCGUCAGCAGCUCAGCAGAAUCAUGGACAGGUUUAACCUAAAGAGAACGAGUACAGAGUUCACGAGCAAAGACUAUUAUAUUAAUAUUAGGAAAGCACUUGUUAAUGGAUUUUUCAUGCAGGUGGCACAUUUAGAGCGCACCGGGCACUACCUGACGGUGAAAGACAACCAGGUGGUCCAACUGCACCCCUCCACCUGCCUGGACCACAAGCCGGACUGGGUCAUCUACAACGAGUUCGUGCUCACAACAAAGAACUACAUCCGGACUGUCACCGACAUCAAGCCGGAGUGGCUCCUAAAAAUAGCACCGCAGUACUACGAGCUAAACAACUUCCCUCAAUGCGAGGCCCGACGUCAACUGGAGCUGUUACAAGCGAGACUGGACUCCAAGGCCUACCAGGAGGGCUUCUAAGGCCCGCCACCAGGCCUCGCGGUCUCUGGGACCAGUCUGAAACAAGUGACUACAGUGAAGUGACAGUGCAGUGAUGUGUGUUGAACGUUGAAGAACUGAUGUAAAAGAUGUUGACCGUUGCAGUCGUUUGGGAAUGGCCGAAGUUAGUUAAUAAAAUGCUAAAGUCAAAA